UGGGGCUCCCAGGGCGCGGCGGGGCGGGCGCGCGCGGCUAUGGCCGGGCUGUGGCGAGAGCUGCUCCUGGAGAGCCUCCUGGGAUAUGUUUCUUGGUCUCUCUGCCAUGGCCUGGGACCAAUGAUCUAUUACUUUCCCCUGCAAACUUUAGAACUCACUGGGCUUGAAGGUUUUGGCAUAGCAUUUCUUUCUCCAAUAUUCCUCAUACUUACUCCUUUCUGGAAAUUGGCUAACAAGAAGUGGAUGCUAAUCCUGUUGCGGUUAAUUACUGUGGGCAGCAUAGCCUCCUUCCAGGCUUCGAAUGCCAGGGUUCGGCUGGUGGUCCUUGCCCUUGGUGUGUCUUCCUCGCUGAUCGUGCAGGCUGUGACGUGGUGGACAGGAAGUGGCCUGCAAAGGUUCCUCCGAAUCUGGGGAUUCAUUUUAGGACAGAUUCUUCUCCUUGUUCUCCGCAUAUGGUACACUUCGCUAAACCCAAUCUGGAGUUAUCAGAUGUCCAAUAGAGUGAUACUGACAUUAAGUACCGUAGCCACACUUGAUCGCAUUUGCACAGACGGCGACGGCAAUAAACCAGAGGGAAAAAGACCUGGAGAGGCAGCCAAGGGCACGGCCUCCAGACCUGCCUGGUGGUUGGCAGGGGCUGCCUUUGGCAGUCUCGUGUUCCUCACCCACUGGAUUUUUGGAGAGGUCUCGCUUGUUUCCAGAUGGGCAGUGAGUGGGCACCCCCACCCAGGGCCAGAUCCUAACCCCUUUGGAGGUGCAGUUCUGCUGGGCCUGGCAAGUGGACUGAUGCUCUCAACGUGCCCAUGGUUUCCCGGUUCCGGUUUAAUCUGGUGGGUUACAGGAGCAGCUUCAGCCGCAGGCCUCCUGUACCUGCCCACGUGGGCAGCUGCUGUUUCUGGCUGUGUCCUCGCCCUCUUCACAGCAUCCAUGUGGCCUCAAGUGCUUGCACAUCUUAUUAGCUCAGGGUCAGGCCCUGGGAAAGCCAUGACCAUUGCCAUGAUAUUUUAUCUUUUAGAGAUAUUUUUCUGUGCAUGGUGCACGGCUUUUAAAUUUGUCCCAGGAGGUGUCUAUGCUAGAGAGAGAUCUGAUGUGCUUUUGGGGGCAGUGAUGCUAAUUAUUGGACUGAAUAUGCUCUUUAGUCCUAAGAAAAGCCUUGACUUUCUUCAAACAAAAAAUAGUCCUAAAGUGCUUUUCAGAAAGAGUGAAAAAUACAUGAAACUUUUUUUGUGGCUGCUUGUUGGUGUGGGACUAUUAGGAUUAGGACUACGACAUAAAGCCUAUGAGAAUAAAUUGGGCAAAGGGGCACCAGCCACAGAGAUCUCUGCCGCCAUCUGGCCUUUUAGGUUUGGUUAUGACAAUGAAGGAUGGUCCAGUCUAGAAAGAUCGGCUCAAUUACUCAAUCAAACAGGUGCAGAUUUCAUAACGAUUUUGGAGAGUGAUGCUUCUAAGCCUUAUAUCGGGAACAAUGACUUGACCAUGUGGCUAGGGGAGAAGUUGGGUUUCUAUACGGACUUUGGCCCAAGCACGAGGGAUCACACCUGGGGGAUUAUGGUUUUGUCACGAUACCCGAUUGUGAAGUCAGAGCAUCACCUUCUCCCGUCACCAGAGGGCGAGAUCGCACCAGCCAUAACACUGACUGUUAGCAUCGCGGACAAGCUGCUGGAUUUUGUGGUGACACACUUUGGGAAUCAUGAAGAUGACCUUGACAGGAAACUUCAGGCAAUCGCUGUUUCAAAACUACUGAAAAGUAGCUCCAAUCAAGUGAUAUUCCUGGGAUAUAUCACUUCAGCACCCGGUUCCAGAGAUUAUGUGCAGCUCACUGAACAUGGCGAUGUGAAGGAUAUUGACAGCACAGAUCAAGACAGAUGGUGUGAAUAUAUUAUGUACCGAGGCCUGAUCAGAUUGGGUUACGCAAGAAUCUCCCAUGCUGGACUGAGUGACUCCGAAAUUCAGAUGGCCAAAUUUAGGAUCCCUGAUGAUCCCAUUAAUUAUAGAGACAACCAGAAAGUGGUCACAGACCAGAGGAAAGUUCCAAAGGAGAUUCGUUUCAAUCCUAGGUAGGAAGUUCAGGCUGAGGAACGUGCAAUAACUUCACUAGGGUUAUGUGGCUCAUGAGUGACGGAGCUAAGAAGGGGGAAGGAGGCCUGCUAGCAUGGUCGGGUUGCUGACAUUCUCAGCUCUGGCUGCACACUUGACUCACCUGGAGAGCCCCACGCCAGGCCAACUCAUCAGGACCUCUUGUUGAAUUUUAAAAAAUUGUUCUCAGGUACUCUGAUGUGCAAUUAGCAUUGGAGCUACGUAGAGUGGAUAAUUCAUUUCUGUUGCAGAGAUUCUAGAAUGUGAAAUAGAUUUUGUUGAGUUCUAAACAGAGGUUGUCGGAGAAACCUAUUUGCAGCAGAUUAUGUGCUUUGGAGUAUGUGUUCUUUUUUCUUCCCAAGACUAGAUAAUGAGAAGAAAUGUCUGCAUAAAACCAAGCCCAGAAUAUCAUCUGUGUUAUUAUUAUUUGACAUCUCAACUACUUUUACCAGCUAAUUGCUGAGGAAACUUCUCAGACUUCAUUUUAUUUGUUCCCGGGGGCGGGGGUGGUGAGGAGAGGGAUGGUGGGAUUUAGCUGUUUGCUUUUUCUUCCUUGUCUCUCCUUACAAGAAAAAACUGUACCAAAGCUUAGGGAAUGAAUGUAAGAAGAGCUAUAACCAGGUCUCGAUUGCUUGCAUUACCGUGUUUGAUCUCAUCCCUGUGUAUGCAAUAUGCCCGUGAAGAGCAUGGGCUCUGGGGUCAAGCUACCAGGUUCCAGUCCUGAUUCUUGCCAGCAAACAGCUGGGUAACUGUGGGCAAGCUGGCUAAUCUCUCUAAGCCUCAGGUCUCUCACCUGCAAAAUGGGAAAAAUAGUAGUGCCCGCCUCCUCAGGUAAUUUGAGGAUCGAAGGAAGCACGGGGCUCUUAGAAUAGUGCAUGGUGAUACAUGUGAUUUUUUUUCCCCUAUUCAUACGUUUGUGUUGCCCAUAUACUCUUGGCGCAUUUCAAUAAAAUUGUUUGGAAAAAAAAGGAAUACUGCCUGGUGAAUGCUUAAUAGGCAGUGGAUACAAUAGCAGCAGUAAUAUUUGUAGUAGUCACAGAAGUGAAAAUAGAAAGCUUUUGGGGAUCCCUGGGGGGCUCAGUGGUUUAGCGCCUGCCUUCAGCCCAGGACGAGAUUCUGGAGUCCCGGGAUCGAUCCCACAUCGGGUUCCC